GUUCAAUUUUUAAGCUUGAAAACGUGUGAAAGAAUUCGAAACAAUGUCCUCUGGAGAACAACAAACGUCGACUGCUACUACCGGGCAGCCGCAUCUACAGCAACAGGAUCUUUCGAAGCUGAACAUUGCUAAGUUGACGCCGCUGUCACCAGAAGUAAUUUCUCGGCAGGCUACUAUUAACAUAGGAACCAUCGGCCAUGUAGCACACGGCAAAUCGACAGUAGUCAAGGCCAUCUCAGGUGUUCAGACUGUUCGUUUUAAGAACGAAUUGGAGCGUAACAUUACAAUUAAAUUGGGUUACGCAAACGCCAAGAUUUAUAAAUGUGACAACCCGAAAUGUCUCCGGCCGACUUGCUUCACUUCGGGUGGCUCGAGCAAGGACGAUAGUUUCCCAUGCUACCGCCCGGCCUGCACCGGACGCUUCCAGCUAGUUCGUCAUGUUAGCUUUGUCGAUUGCCCCGGGCACGACAUUCUCAUGGCGACCAUGUUGAACGGUGCGGCGGUUAUGGACGCGGCCUUGCUAUUGAUCGCAGGCAACGAAUCCUGUCCGCAACCUCAAACAUCCGAGCAUCUGGCUGCUAUCGAAAUCAUGAAGCUGAAACAUAUAAUCAUCCUGCAGAACAAAAUCGAUCUUGUGAAGGACACGCAGGCGAAGGAGCAGUACGAUCAGAUAAUUAAGUUCGUGCAGGGUACGGUGGCGGAGGGCGCUCCGAUCAUUCCGAUAUCUGCUCAACUCAAGUACAACAUCGAGGUGCUGUGCGAGUACAUCAUGAAGAAAAUUCCCAUUCCGCCGCGCAACUUCAUAGAUCCGCCUCGGUUGAUAGUAAUCCGUUCGUUCGACGUGAACAAACCUGGUUGCGAAGUGAAUGAUUUGAAGGGAGGCGUGGCCGGUGGUUCGAUCUUGCGCGGCGUGCUUACGGUCGGACAGGAGAUAGAGGUACGGCCCGGCCUGGUGAGCAAAGAUGCAGAGGGUCGGUUGACGUGUAAACCGAUCUUCUCGAAAAUCGUUUCACUGUACACAGAGCAGAACGAGCUGCAGUUUGCCGUACCCGGUGGGUUGAUUGGAGUUGGUACAAAAAUCGAACCGACACUUUGCCGCGCGGAUCGACUGGUGGGCCAGGUGCUCGGUGCCGUCGGUGCACUGCCAAACAUCUUCAUCGAGUUGGAGGUAUCGUAUUAUCUGCUCAAACGGCUGCUAGGAGUGCGUGUUGAGGGUGACAAAAAGGGUGCCAAGGUGCAGAAACUCGUCCGACACGAGAUGCUUCUCGUCAACAUCGGUUCGCUCAGCACCGGUGGACGAGUGGUGGCCACACGCGCUGAUUUGGCCAAGAUUGCCCUCACAAAUCCGGUGUGCACCGAGAAGAAUGAGAAAAUCGCACUGAGUCGACGUGUGGAAAAUCACUGGCGUUUGAUUGGAUGGGGACAGAUUCGUGGUGGAACCGUGAUUGAACCGUUAAAGGAACACUAGGAGGCAUAAUCAAUCACUAAUCAAACUUCACUAACAUCUACAAGUCGGUAAUACAAAAAGCAAAAGGAAUAACGAAAGUAUUGAAAAUAACCAUCGGUAAAUUGUUUCCCGCCACAAACCAUGAAUUAUUUCAUUGUUUUUCGAGAUCAUUACACUAUCGGAAAAGAUCACUCGAAAUCUGUACUCAUCCCAAUAGCUUUCAAACCAACAGUUUCUGUUUUUGUGAUGAAUAUUCGUUUCACAAACCGGCACGAAAAAUCAUUAGGACGGAUGAAUCCAUGAUUAUCUAUAAACUGCUGGAAAAGUGCACUACACCGAUUAGCUGGAAUAUGCAAGAUGAUUCCCUGAAGCAGCGAAGAAAAGAUACA